CAUACAUAUAUAACCAAACUCAUUGAGGGCGACACAUCAUAGUGCAUUGACCGUCUUAUUGUGGUUAACAUUCACUGCCACAGAACCCGAAACCAUGACCACGAUUGAAACAUUGGUUUUACCACGGAAAGUAAAAGGGGAAAGGUCUAUGUGUGAGGCUUUGGCUGAAUAUCCGGGAGAACUCGUCAAGACCGACUCACCGAAUUUUGUAUGCAGUGUAUUACCAUCGCAUUGGCGGUGCAAUAAAACUCUCCCUGUAGCAUUUAAGGUCGUCUCGCUCGGAGAUAUACCUGAUGGAACGACAGUUCAUAUUUCCGCUGGGAAUGAUGAAAAUUUCUCCGCAGAACUACGAAAUGCUACGGCUAUGAUGAAAAAUCAAGUCGCAAGAUUCAAUGAUUUACGUUUCGUUGGUCGAAGCGGUCGAGGUUAGUAUGUGAAUAUAUAUACGUAACAUAACACAAAGCUUGAAUUUGCAUGUACAUAUAUAUACGUUCGCAUUUGACCUGGAAGUAAUUAGCUAAAUAAGUUUGCUUAUGUGCACCAAGUAUGUUGCAUUCAGCUAAUUGUGACUUAUUUUAAUCUAAUUUACUAUGCAGUGUUUUGGAAGCAUAAUAUGAUAUUUUUAUAUUUCACAGGAAAGUCAUUCACAUUGACGAUUACAGUCAACACUGAGCCGCCACAGGUUGCGACUUACGUGCGAGCCAUCAAGGUUACCGUGGAUGGACCACGCGAACCAAGAAGUAAGAUUUAUUUAUCUUAUUGAUAUUUUAAUAAAAAUCUUAAUAUAUUUCGAGGCAAUUUGUGGUUUUCACAAGGGCAAAACAAUGCUGUUUUCACAAGGGCAAAACAAUGCGGUUUUGCUACGCUUUAAUUGAGUUUUAAUAUUCACGAGGUUUUAAGAUGCGACUUAACACGAAGCAUGUGCGCAAAGUGGGUGAUAUAUGCAACAAUCAUAUUUGUAUUUAUGUAUCCGUUUCUUUGUCCCAACAUAGUCAAUCGUUUACAAACGUGAAAAAUUUUGUUUUCAUUCCAUAAGGUUUAAAGUGCCGGUGGUUGCUUAUAAUACCAAACGUUUAUAAAUCGCCGCAGAAUGUAAACAAACGGGGGCUAGCUGUUGAAUUUCAUGUCGAUAUUUAGUUCCAGUCUGAAAUUUUGACAAGCACGUGGUGGUGUACGGGCGUAGACCGGCGAAGGUUUAAACACCGGGCCUGUGGGGAUAUACUGAAGUCAUUGUAAAAGCCGAAACUUUGUGAUAACUGUAUAUUUUGUAUAUAACCGCAAACAAUGCAUGUUUAUUGAAUAGAUAAUUUACUUCACGCUGCGCAAGGGCAGGUGAUAAAUACCACUAGGCCAAUCGCGAAUCAUCUACUCACUCUAUUAAAUUAUAAUCACGCGAACAUAAAUUUUUGAUGCGAGCUCGUCUUUGUGAUUUUCGAACACGAUAAUACGCGGCAUUUUUCCAUUAGUGUUGUUAAUUGUACGUAAUAAUGUUCCACUGAAUAUACACAGCCCAUCUGGCGUGUCAAUUUUAGCGCAGGUGCACAGGAAUGACUGAAAACACUCAAAACAAUAUACAUAUAGAUAUAUUUUUUUGAUAUUUACCUUCGAAAACUAG